AUGUAUAGUGUUGACAUAAAAAACAUGAUAAUUAAAAACGUCUCUAAAUUAAAAUCGCUUGACGUCAGCCUGGGUCGCAUCGGACUCAGUCACGAUCUCUCUCCAGAGCAGAGAAAGGAACUAAGGUCAAAGAUAGAGGAGGCAAGGGCAUUGGAAGCUUCUGACAAGGGUUUUUUAUACCGUGUAAGAGGCACUGGCAAUGACUUAAAUGGUAAUGUUAUUUUUUGUUGUUGUAAUGAUGGUCAUGGUCUUGAUGGUGGUGGUUAUUCGAUGGUCUGUGGUACUGGAAGCGAUCUGAACGUUAUUGGAAAAAAUGGUUGUGGUAAAGAUGAUGGUAGUGAUUGCGUAAUAACAAAUGGUGCCGGUAAUGAUUGUAAUGAAAGUGGUGGUUUUAAUGAUUUAAAAAAAGUAGGUAAUAACAAUGUAAUGAAAGGUGGUGCUGUUGGUAGAAAUAUUGGUGGAAUCAAAAAUGAUCGGACUAAUAAUAACUUUUGUGUGGUUAAAGUAAAAUUGGGUUUACUAAAUAUAAGAUCGAUUGGCUCAAAGUACAACAUCAUUUAUGAUUUGAUCAGUGAUGGUUUGGAUAUUUUUGUUGUUACUGAAUCAUGGCAUGGUUCAUCAGAAAAUCCCUCCAUUGCGUUAUCUGCUCCUCCCGGUUACCGCUUUGUAGAUUGUGUAAGAGAUCACGACCCUCUUCAUGGUGGAUUGAUAAUAUUUUUUCGUCUAUGUUUGAAAUGUAAAAAAAUAGCCUUACCUACAGUUACCACAUUUGAAGUUUUGGCGGUCAGGUUCACAGUUAAUAGUCAGGAGUUUAUUUUGCUCGCUAUUUACAGACCGGGUUCUGCACAGCCGUCUGGAUUAUUUUUUAGAGAACUGAUUUCUAUUCUGGAAAACAUUACAGUACUCAGUUCUCGAAUUGUUUUAACCGGGGACUUCAAUGUGCACGUUGAAAAGACGAAUGAUCCUCAUGCUGCUAAUUUAAAUGAAAUCUUCGAUAAUUUUCAACUCAUCAAUCGUGUAAAAGCACCAACACAUUUACGUGGUGGUACACUAGACUUGAUAGUAACCUCCGAGGAUUUUCCAGUUCAUGAUUGUUUAGUCCAUCCAAUUAAUAACACUAAAAAACAAUAUAUAAAUCUAUAUAACCUUCCAACUACAACUAAACUAAACUGGUUUUUCUACUCGUCUCAGUGGCUCUUAACUAUUAACUAA